GCCGAUUCUCCCUUUCACACACCCUCUCUGCGCCUCCCUCGCUCUUCUUCCCGUGCUCCGAGCGAAAUCCCGCGUCGCCCGCAAACGCCCACGCGCAGUCGCACGCACUUCCAGUCUCUUCUUGAGGUUCUAGAUCUGGUCUUGAAUCGGACCCCCCCCCCCCCCCCGUCGAAGUCAAAGUUCGUCGCCCUCCGACCGAGUCAAGCGCCGUCGCUGUUGCAGCCGAAUCUCGAACCUUCGCCGUCGCGAGAGGUAACUUGCUUCUCGCAAUCGCUACGGUUUUUCCUCCUCCUCCGAUCGAAGUCGUCCCUGUCGAUUUCCUCGAAGAAUCCGCUUCGUUGAUCAGCGCAGAGCUCGCGCUGUGUGGUCGAAUUGGUCGCGGGAAGCCCUCUCUCGUCCGCUCGUUCCGCUUAUAUAAUCGAUUUGCUUAACCUGGCUUCGGAGAAUUAUCGGCCUGGAAUGCGCUCUGGCUUUGUGCGCCCGAAGUGGAGUUCUGGUCUGAGUCUCUGAUGCGCUGGAUUUGAUUCCGUGGGGAAAAGGUCGGAAGAUCUCGAGAUCGUUUUGGAAACAGUGAGAGAGAGGGAGGGAGGGAGGGAGUCUGUGGGUUCGAUGAACAUGACGUCGGGCUCGCGGAUGCCGACAUGGAGGGAGAGAGAGAACAACAAGAGGAGGGAGAGGCGGAGGAGAGCCAUAGCCGCGAAGAUUUUCACGGGGCUUAGGAUGUACGGUAACUACAAGCUCCCGAAGCACUGCGACAACAACGAAGUCCUCAAGGCUCUCUGUGACGAGGCUGGCUGGAUCGUGGAAGCCGACGGCACCACGUAUCGGAAGGGUUGCAAACCUGUAGAGCAUGUGGAUAUGGUGGCUAGAUCUGAAACAGUGAGUCCAUCUUCUUCUUACUACCCAACCCACAACCCAAGCCCAGGCUCAUCAUCUUUUCCAAGUCCUGCCUCAUCCUUCUACGCAGCCAAUGCUAAUUCAGAUGGGAGUUUCCUAAUUCCAUGGCUCAAGAACUUCUCCUCUGCUUCGUCAUCAGCCUCCUCUUCAAAGCUCCCUCAUCUCUAUCUCCCCGGAAGCUCAAUCAGUGCUCCUGUCACACCUCAUUUGAGCUCUCCAACUGCUAGAAGCCCCAGAGUUAAGACUGUCUUGGAUGACCAAUCCACCCGCUUUGGCUGGGGUGAGCGCUACUCCUUCAUGCCAUCUUCCACUCCACCGAGCCCUGGCCAUCGGAUCCUUCCUGACCCUGAAUGGAUUUCUAGGAUCCAAAUUCCCCAGGGAGGCCCAGUGUCUCCCACAUUUACACUCGUCUCAUCCAAUCCUUUUGGCUCAAAGCAAGAGGUUUUGGCUGGGGGUGGAUCUCAUAUAUGGACACCUGGGCAAAGUGGAACAUGCUCUCCUGCCAUUGCUGCUGCCGCUGAUCACACUGGAGAUAUCCCUAUGUCGGAAGUGAUUUCAAAUGAGUUUGCAUUUGGAGUCAAUGGGAAGGGCCUUGUGAAGCCGUGGGAAGGAGAGAGAAUUCAUGAUGAGCCUGGAUCAGAUGAUUUAGAGCUCACGCUUGGUAGCUCAAAGUGCAGGUAAGAAGUUGGACGACCCGGAGGUGCUCUUUGGGCUGGUAUGACAAAGGGUCGAGCAAAGCAUCAAUUAUGCUUCUUUUUUUUUUGUUCGCAUUUUUCUUUUCCUUUUUCCUAAAUAUUUCAUUGUAUGUUGUUUAAGCAGUAGGAUUAGUUUCGAUGUUCUUUUGCUUCUGUACCGUUUCUUGUUUAUGUUACCAGAUAUGAUUGAUGAUAUUGCAUAAGUACACAUGGCUGCCUUCAUUUUUGUGGCACGCCACUGGAAGGAAUUUUCUGAAUUCAGUUGUAUGCCACUGAUUCUUUCAAGAA